AUGUCAAAAGACCUUGAAGAGCCGGAAGUACUAACAGUGGAUCCUCACACACAUGGUUCGUCUGACAUCGAACAUGUUUCGGAAGAGAAAAACAGAAUGCUAAAGGAUCGUACAACAGAUAUCCAAAACGUAUCCAUAAUCAAGGAAAUUAAAGAUGACAAGUUAAUUCGGUUCAAUUUCAUCCUCAGCAUCCUUGUAGUUCUGGUAUUCAUGGUCCUGGGAUGGGCGCUUGCCCAGAUUGGACCUGCUUUUCCGGACCUUGUUUACAUUACCAACACAGAUCUGAAUAGAGGGUCGGGAUAUAUGACGUCAUACUUCACUGGACGUAUGGUUGGAUCUGCUCUCGGCGGGGUUUUGUACUCAAAGAUGAACGCAUACCUUAUGUUUGCGAUAUCUCUUGUGGUCAACGGGUCCGUUCUUGCAACUAUUCCCUGGUGUUUCCAUUACGAGAUCAUGAUAGCAGCACAUGCGCUACAUGGGAUAUCCGGAGGAGUUCUUAACGUCGCGGUUACAUCAACAGCCAUGUCGAUCUGGGGACCAACAAGAAGAGGACGUCUCUACGUUCAGAUACUUUAUGCAUUUUUAUCUGUUUCCUCGGCAUUGGCACCAAUAGCAACGGCGCCAUUCUUACGGGAGAAAAAAAAUGACGAAGGUCAUCGGAACAUCUCGGAUAUGACGACAUUAUCGACUUUACAUCCAAACAUCAGUCAUUGCUGUUUUACGAGUGAAUCGUAUAGCAACAAUACAUUAGAUUUACCAAACAACUCUUCUGUUGUUUCGGAAUCGAAGUUAUAUAUUGCUUAUUCUAUAUCGGCAGUAAUGACUUUUCUUAUUGCGAUUCCAUUUAUCGUAUUGUAUACAAGACGGCGACCACAAGCUACAAAGACAUCUAAAACAGUCCGAUACCAGUUUAUAGGAGAAUUACCAAGGAUUGUAAAUUAUCUACAACUUAUCAAUGUGGGAGUGUUUGCAGCGGUUUACAGUACAACUGAAUUACUGUUCAUUGCUUAUUUGACAAUAUUCUGUGUUCAGUAUUUGCAGUGGUCAAUAACUUCUGGUGCUUUGUUAACCUCUGUCGUGAUGUUUGCAACAUUAGGUGGCAGAUGUGUUGGUAUAUUUAUGGUACAUUUGAUGAAAUCCUAUACCACUUUAUUAUUUGCAGUUACACUUUACGCCUUUGGGUUUGUAUGUCUGACAACAAGUGCACAUUUGUUAGCCGACCUUGGAGUUUGGAUUUCUGUAUUCAUAAUUGGACUACCUGUUGGCGUUAUAUGGCCCUCAGCUCUAAGUUGGAUCAACUCGUAUCUGAUUUCAGUUGGUGGAAAAGUGUCCAGCUACCUUUUGGUAACGGGGUAUUUGGGUCCACUGUUGUGUCCUUCCUUGCUUGGAUAUCUCAUGCAGAAUGUUUCCCUUCUGUGGUUUUGUUAUCUUUGCGUCAUACUGUCCGCACUUAGCGUGCUCAAUGUAAUUUUCAUGGUGCUACACUCUGUAUAUUCAAGGAAAAAACACAAAAUGUUCAACAUUUCCCAAUAA